AUGUCACACGCCGGCGCGAGCCCUCACUGGGAGAAGCUGUGGGCGCAGGACGGCGGCCUUCCCAAAGGCACGAGAUUCGAUGUGGCGGGAGUGGCUCGGCCGCUCGCGGCGGAGCUUUCCCGGAGGAGCAAGCCGGGGCCGGGCGCAAGGGCGCUGGUGCCGGGCUGCGGGCGUGCAUACGACGCACUGGCACUGGCGCGACAUGGAUACGCCUCUGUCGUUGCUGUCGACCUCUCCCCCGCGGCAUGCGAGGCGGCCCGGGAGGAGCUGCAGGCGAGCGGCGGCUCGGCGGGCGGCGGCGGUGCAUGGCGCGUCCGCUACGUCGGCGUGAUGCUCGACCCCACGAGCGUGGACGCCCUUGCCGCCGCCGUGCCUCCCCGUCACCCAAACGUCACGGGGCAGCAGCACCUCACGCUGUGCUUCGAGCCCGCCGCGGCGGAGCUGGCCGCGGCGCUGCCGCUCCUCGGCACCCUCUGCACGCUGCGCGUCGAGGCCGAGGCGUCCGAUUCCCGCGGACAGGCGGUGACGGUGGCGCUCGCCACUCCAGAGCUCGCAGAUAGCCUCGGCGCAAUCACGGCCGGCGGCUCCGGCCGGCGCGACUCGCCGCACAUCACCCUCUCGACUGCCGACGGAGUCGAGGCGUGCUACUCGAACGAGCUCGUGCGGCGGGAGGGGGUCCCACUCCCGCGCGCCACCGCACCGCUCCUCGUGACCGGCAAGUACGACCUCAUCUGGGACUGCACCUUCCUCUGCGCGCUCGAGCCGGCGGCGCGCGGCCGCUGGGCGGAGCAGAUGCGCGCGCUGCUCGCCCCGGGCGGCGAACUCCUCACCGCCGUCUUCCCGAUCGGCGAGCGCGACGGCGGCCCGCCCUUCGCCAUGUCGGUGCCGCGCGUGCGCUCGCUCCUCGAGCCGGUCGGCUUUGAGGCUGCCGUCGUCCGCGACAACUUGCCCCACGAGGAGCAGCACCGGAGGCCGAGCGAUGAGCUCAGCAGCGUGCGGACUCGAGGGACGGCGCUCGUCUCAUGGCGGUUACGCAGCACAAAAUAA